UCGUUUGAAGUUUCAAAUGCACAUGAAGUUUAAGAUGGCGGACAGACACGAGGAGUUGCUGGACCAAGCGAGAAAGACUUCGGCGUAUUUUUCAUCACUUAUCGAAUUGAUACCAUUGAAGCAUUACUUGCCAGAUGAUGAAAACAUCGAUGGCUCAGUCAAAACCAAUUUGGACGUAUCUGGAAAAGCGGCUAGGGAAGCUAAAAAGGCCCUAGCGAAGAAGGCCAAAAUGCUAAAACUAGAUCCUGGAAAGCAGAGAAGUAUUGCUGACCUGCAAAAGGAAAUCGAGGAAAAAGAGAAGGGAAUGCACUCUAGUCAUGGUGAUGAUGCCAAAUUAGUCACUAGUGGUAUAAAACCAAUAAAAGUUAGUGAAAUUCAAAGUGUCCCUUUAGAAGAUUUAAGAAAGAAACUAGAGGAUAAAAUUCAGGAAUUGAGAGGGAAACGCAAAAUCAAAGAAUCAGGUAAUGCAGACAGGGUAAAGAAAAGAAAAGUAGACAAAUUGGCCAGAAAAGAAAAACUGAAGAAAGAAGCAAUCAAUUCAAAUGUUAUGAAAAGCAAUGUUGAAAAUGAAAGGAAGGUAACACAGAUUUUGAAUGACAAGAAGGAAGUUGUUUUUAGUAAAUUUGACUUUGCAGAGACAUCUGCAAAAAAGAAAAACUCAAAGAAAAAGGACAUAAAAACUUUGCUUAAAAAGGCUGAAAAACGGAAAGCUAAUCUAGAAAGUAUUGAAACAGAAGAUAAAGAAAAAGCAACUGAACUGAAAUCAAAAAUUAAAUGGGACAAAGCAUUAAAGCAAGCUGAAGGUAUAAAAGUAAAAGAUGACCCAAAACUUUUAUCAAAAACAUUGAAGAAGAAGCAGAAAUUGAAGGAAGCAAGCAAAAAAAAAUGGGAUGAGAGAAUACAGACACAAAAGAAGGUUAAAGAAGAUAAACAAAAGUCAAGAAAACAGCACCUGUUAGAAAGAAGGGAGAGUAAAGGCACCAAAGGAGGGAAGAACAAAAAAACGAAUAAAAAGGUGAAAAAGCACAAGCCAGGAUUUUAGACAUGUCUUCUUUCUUUUUUGUUCUUCAAUUAACAUCUUAAAUUAAAAUUUUUACUUUUUUCCUUAAAAGACGUGCAUAUGAUAAUUAAUUUGUAAUCAAAACCAAAAUAGGUAAGCUGUCCUUUUAGCAUCUUAAGUAAAGAAGAUAUGUUUUACAAAAUUUGAAUUUUACUUUAAAUUGUACUUUCUAUCUAUCGAUGUGAUGGAAUUUGUGGAAAGUAUUGAAAGAGUAUGAAGAAGAUUGAUAAAACUGUUAGGACAUUAUGAUGUUUAUAAAUGUCUCAGUAACAUACAAUACUUGCCAAAAAUAAUUGGAACACCUUCUCAUCACAGCAUGCAAAUAAACAAAGCAAGUCCAAAUCUACCUUACCAAAAUAUCACUGCUGCUUCAAAAAUGUUGACCCCUCCCCCAGUAGAAUGUUGAUUUAUUUUCUCGAUACUUUUGUACAGCUUUCAGUGAAAAAACUUUUAUCUUCAGCAUCAAAACAGCCAAAUUGAACAGGUAGGGGGGAAUUUUUGAAAAAAGCUUUAGCUUUGUGCAAGUGUUCAAAAAGUUUUGGCAUGGAUUGUAGAUUUUAAUAUGUUUUAAUACUCCUUUGCCUUCAUACUUGAUAAGUCGCUAUUGAUUUUAUGCUUGAAAAACAAUUUGAAAACUCUCUAGACACAUAGAAUGCUUCUGAACUCAAAUUUGCCAUAAUACAUCUACACCAGUUAAAGAUAAAAGUUUCAAACCAAAGCUGUCUUUGUUAUUCUAGUGCAUUUUGUAGCUUUUUUUCUAAUCUUCUUCUUGGUAGUACCUUCAUCAAUGUACUCUCAAAUCUUGAAGAACUGAACAACUUCUCCA